ACAAAAACCACAAUUUUGUGGCAGUCGAUAUCCAGUCUUUCAGUACCUAGUAAUUUGACGAUUUCAACAUGAAAUUCUUUCUCGUUGCAUUUCUCUGCUGCGCGAUUCUCCUGGAUUCUGUAUACAGUCAAGACAAUCUGCCUUCUGGCAAUGCUCCAGAAAAAUCCGCUGAUGAUAAUCCGCAAGCAAAUACGACUGAUUCGGUUAGUCAACCAAAAGUUCAAGGUGGCAUUGAUAUUGAAGGCAUUAAAUGUCUGUGCAAUCUUCAAGCUAGUGGUGAUAGCAAUGGAAACAGUCAAGCUAGCGUUGCUAAAAAAGCUGAAUGUGGUUUGGGUGAUCCAGCACCAACGUUGUCGUUGGACUGUGAUGUUGUCUUGAAUGGUGAUAUAAGUGGUUCAUUCUUUUAUAUAUUAGAAGUUGAAAGGAACUCUAUUUGGGGAGGCGGUUCUUGGGUGAGAUUUGAUUACGAUGCCGAUGGUAUAGAGAUAACCGCCUUAAAUUUUCCAAAGGGAUUGGACACAACCCACGAUCUCAAAAUCGUUGCUGGUGGACUUGCUCCUGUAACCGCUUGGCAGGCAACGCUUUAUAAACUAGAGGACCAGAAGAAGAAUGUAUUAAACCUUUGUAAUAACACUGAACCGUCUGGAUCAUGGGAAGACAACUUGUUGAGGAUGAGUCAACAAAUUAUCUUGGACGGUCGAGAUUGCCCGAUUGAAGAGGGUGCAAAAACAUCGGUUGUCCUGAAACCACCGCAACCAUUACCACCUGCAAUUUAUAUGUUUCCUGAGAUGCUAAUCUGCGAUAGACUGAGUUGGAAUGUCAAAAUGAGAGAUCCGGGCGGAAGCCAAGCAUUCCAAGUCUGGUACGAUUUCACGCCUAAAGGGGUGUGCAGAGUUACUAAACCUCAACGUCAUGCAUAAAAAAUCGGCAAAACUGUAUCCCAAAUAGAGUUCACUUGAUGUCCUCUAUCCCUAUUGGGGUUAUUCAAAUUUUUGUGCAUCCUCAAACUUUUGCAGCUUUUGCACCUUUUACCAGCACUAAUAUUAAAUGAAUUUAAUUAAAAUAUCUUACAACCUGAAAUC